AUGGCAAAGACGACGCAGGCCAUCCACGCCGACGACAAAUUCAGCGCGCACCGCGCCAUCGCCCCCGCGAUGCACGUAGCAGUAACCUACCGGUACGCGCGGGACCCGGCGCACCUCAUUCCCCUGGAGAACCAAGACCCCAACGCCCCGCACGACUCGCACAUCUACGCGCGCUACUCCGCCCCAAACACGACGCGCCUCGAGCACGUCCUGCAACACAUCUUCCACCCCGGCGCCGGGAUCCUCACCUACAGCACGGGACUCGCCGCCUUCCACGCGAUCCUCGUCCUCCUGCAGCCCGCCCGGAUCUUCCUCGGCGACGGCUACCACGGCGUGCACGCGGUGAUCGAUCUCGUGUCGCGCCUGAGCGACGGCCGAAAGUGCCAGAAGCUCUCUUGGGAGGCGAUGCAGCUUCUCCAGCCGGGCGACAUCGUCCACGUGGAGACGCCGGUCAACCCGACGGGCGAGGCGCGCGAUCUAGCGGCGUACGCGGCGCGGGCCCGUGCCGCUGGCGCGUAUCUGACGGUCGACUCGACGCUGGCGCCGCCGCCGUUGCAGGAUGCGAUUGCCCUGGGGGCGGAUCUUGUCAUGCAUAGUGCUACGAAGUAUUUGGGGGGGCAUUCGGAUAUGCUGGGGGGUGUGGUGGUGGUGCAUCCGGCGCGGGUGGCGGAGGGGUGGAUGGAGCGGUUGGAGGCGGAGCGGAUGGUGCUGGGGGCGGUUAUGGGGAGCUUGGAGGGGUGGUUGGGGUUGCGGUCGGUGCGGACGUUGGAGUUGCGUGUGCGUAGGCAGGCGGAGACCGCGGAGAGGUUGGUGGCGUGGUUGGUUGGGGAGGUGCAGCGCGGUGCUGGGGUGGUUGGGCAGGUUGUGCGGAGUGUGCGGCAUGCGUCGCUGCAGGUGGAGGAUUUAGGGGGCGAGGAUGGGUGGUUGCGGCGUCAGAUGCCUGCUGGGUUCGGGCCGGUGUUCGCCAUCUGGGCGCGCACGCCGGCGCUGGCGAGGCGGUUGCCGUCGAAGAUGGGUGUGUUUCAGCAUGCCACGAGUCUGGGCGAUGUGGAGAGUUUGAUUGAGUGGAGGGCCAUGAGCGAUAGUCGUUGUGAUGAGCGGCUGCUGCGCGUGAGUUGUGGGUUGGAGGAUGUCGAGGACUUGAAGCACGAUUUCGUGCAGGCUUGUCGCGCGGUUCUGUCUGAAGACAGUGCAGAUGGUUGUGUGGAGGUCUAA